UAGAAAUGUACAAAGUAAUAAAUUUUAAUUGUUUCUUACUUUUGGGUAUAUCCAUGUUGAUAGCUCUGACUAAUGCCUCCAAUUAUCUGGCCGAUAAACCUAAUUUCUUAACGCCUUGCGUCCUGGAGGAUCCGCAGUUUGGCAAAUGUCUGUCCAGCAAUUUGCAAAACAUGUUCGUCGAGUGGAGGGAUGGUGUACCCGGCACAAAUACAGUAGGCUCCCUUGAUCCACUUCUCGUGAAGCGUAUCAAGUUCUCGCAGGACACAAACAGCGCCAUUGCGCUCAAUGUGGAUAUGCAGAAUGUUUAUAUCAAAGGCGCUCGACUGCUGACAGUCAAAGAGGCCAGCUACAAUCCCUCUAAGCACGUAGCAGCAGGUAUGGUAUUUCUGCCCAAAUUGCGUUUUGAUUUUGACUACAAGGUGAAAGGUCAAGUGCUGGCCCUACCUCUGAAUGGCCACGGCAACGGUCUCUUCGAGAUAGAAAAUUUGGUUAUCAGAAUGGAAAUGGCUGUCAAGCCGCGCAGCUCUGAUGUAGGAAAUUUCGCCGAUGUGCAACGUGUGAAAAUCUCGAUACCAUCGAUCGGCAAUUUCCGCAUCAAGCUAAACAAUCUAUUCCCCAACAGUCCCGAGCUGAAUGAUGCAGCCCAUACGAUAUUCAAUGAGAAUUGGCGUGAACUCUACGAAGUGCUUCAACCAACAAUUCAACAAACCUUAGAAGCGAUCAUACUGGAUCGUACUAAGAAGAUUUUUAACUAUGUUCCAGCCACCUACUUCAUACAAGAUUUUCACUGAUUCAUAGAUAGAAAUGUUGUCAAAUUUUGAUGGUAAAGUUGAAAUAUAUUCUCUG